GGAACUGCAGAUGAGGAAAAUGGCAUGGAGCAACUUGACGGUCAACUCAGUAUUGGGGACUUUGUGAAAAUGGAGAGGAUUUUCAAGUCCUCAGGGCCAAACAAACCAAUGUGCAUGACCAGAGAAGAAUUCAUGGAGAGAAUGCUGGAUGCCGUAGGCCAUGGGACAAAGGAGAAAUACGGGAAACUGUUUGAUAAAGUAGACACGGCUCAAGAUGAUUACAUUAACUGGGACAAGCUAACUUCGUUUAUUCUAUUGGAUCUUUAUGAAAAAGAUGAGCAAGCAAAAUCAUCUGUGGUCCCUCAAUGGACAGACCUCAGAUUCCUCCCACUGAUCCACAAAGACACCAUUCAGAAAGUAAUUUUCUUAAAAAGCUUCAAUCGUUACCUGACGAUCAGUAAGGACGGCUUACUAGGAGUUUGGGGAGAGAAUUUAAAUUUGCAAGAAACGCUUCACAUCUCUUUGGACACUGUUAAGCUUAAGGAUCUGUGGGUCACCAGCCUGGUCUCUCUGGAAAAUGUAAACAAGAUAGCCGUGGCUUUUACAAGCAAAGAGAUUUGUUUCUACGAUAUGCUCUCCAAAGAAGGGUUUCCUUGCCAGUAUAAACUGCAUGGCUUGAAGGGCACACCCUCCUGCAUGGACUAUUGGUAUAAUCCUCACGAUGCAAAUGAAUCCAUUCUGACCUUUGGGGAUAUAUCUGGACAGGUGCAUGCCAUUUCUUUCACCUCUGCCCUUAUUUCCUUGUUUGAGCGGCCUGCUUCAUCUUCUGAAGAUGACAAGGCAACUAUGACUGUUAACUGGGAGGAAUUGGUCUCUGGAUAUCACAAAUGCUGCACGACAUUAAAGCACAGAAUUCAUAACAAAGACUGGGUCAGACAAGUUACUUACAAGUCUUCUUUAGAUGCUUUUAUUUCCAGUACAACAAGUAACAUAAACUCAGUUGUUCUGGCACGAAGAGAAAAAUCAAAGAAACAUCUUAAAACUACAUCAUUCAACAUUGCCCAGGGCAUUCAUGCUUUUGAUUAUCAUUCUGGACUCAAUUUAAUUGCAACAGCUGGCAUUAAUCAUAGAGUUUGUCUGUGGAAUCCUUAUCUGGUAACUAAACCUGUCGGAAUCCUCCAGGGCCAUUCAGCAAGUGUAAUUGCCGUUCAGUUCAUUGCUGAAAGAAAACACCUUUUAAGCUUCUCCAAAGAUAAAGUGUUGAGGCUGUGGGCUAUUCAUCACCAGUUAUCUCUACAGAAGAUCUCUAGUUCUUUCCCAAAGAAUCUGGAAUUCCAAGGCCUUUUCCACUUUGAUGAGGCCCACGGUCGACUUUUUAUCUCAUUUAAUAACCAGCUAACAUUUUUGGGAAUGAAAACUGAGACCUCUAAAAGGAUGACAAGUCAUGAAAAAGCGGUCACUUGUGUGCUUUACAAUUCUGUCCUCAAGCAGGUAAUCAGCUCUGAUGCAGGAUCUACAGUUACCUUCUGGAUGAUUGACACUGGGCAGAAAAUCAAACAGUUUACUGGUUGCCAUGGCAAUGAGGAAAUCAGUACCAUGGCCUUAGAUGCAAGUGAGACAAAGCUUUUUACUGGAAGCACAGAUGGAACAGUAAAGAUUUGGGACUUCGAUGGACAUUGUCACCACCUGCUGAAUGUUGGGCAAGAUCGAGCAGUGGACAUCUCUCAGAUCCUAGUUCUAAAUCAGACAGUACUGGUGACAGGCUGGAAGAGGGUAAUUACUGUAUUUCGGUUUCACAACUUGACUCAGUUUUUCAUUCAACCUGAGGAAUGGAAAGGAGCAAUACAGCACCAUGAUGACAUCGUAUGUGCUGCCUUUUUACCACCACAAACUCUAGUCACAGGGAGCUAUGAUGGUGAGAUUGUUGUUUGGAAUAGUAGCACAGAAAGUGCUUCCUGCAUUCUACAGCCUGAUUUUCAAAGACCACUAAAAUCAAAAUUGGGUCCAGAAACAUCUAAACAGUCCUCCUAUAUGGAGAGGAAUUUGUUCUCCACAUCCUCGGAAAGACAUCAAAUGUCAGCACCUGAACCUGACACUGAGUGCAAUAAUGCUGUUACAAGACUUUCCUUCCUAGCCAGAAAGAAUAUUGCAGUGACAGGAGGAGCCAAUCUUGUGUCAUGUGGAGGGAAUGGUUAUGUCAGGUUUUGGAAUGUAUUAACAGAACAGCUGGUGUCUGAAUUCAUGGCUCACAGUGGAGUUGGAGCCAUUAUAAUGGCCACUGACAAAGCCAGUCGCUAUCUCAUCACAGGGGACCUUGAGGGAUGUGUAAAACUCUGGAAUAUCGAGGAGUACUGUAUUCAUUCCAGUAAGAACAAAAUUACUCAGCCACCUACUCUGAUCAGAUCAUAUCAACCUCAUGAAGACCGCAUUACUUACCUGGAGACUUGUGAACAAAAUGGUCAUUUGCUGAUUAUCUCGUCUUCUAUCGACUGCAGCAUUUCUAUUAGUGAUGUCUGUGGCUAUCCCAUUGGGAUUUUUGGACAGAAAGAGCAUUGGCAAAUCAGAAAGUCUUUACCUAUUCCUAAAAGAAAUGAUAAAAUGAUGGAAAAUGAAGUGCAACAGGAAAUUGAUAAAGAGUUCAGGAAGAAACUAACUGCUUCACUUCCUGAGGAAGAUCCAUUUUUGGUCACGGCUGAUCAUUCUGUAGGAGAUGAUGAAGAUAAAUAUGUCUCAGCAGACUUAGACAAUCUGUGGGAAAAUUCAAUCCUAGGCGUGAAAUUCAAAGAGAGCAAUGCUUUCAAGAAAAAGACACACAUUUUCAACAAUGAAGAAGUUUUGCGAAAAUCAUCUAUUGCAUUUAGGUCAUUAAAUAUCGGAGCCCUAGAGAAAGUAAUUGAGAUGAAUAAACCUGAUUUUCUACUCAGCCCUGAGAAAUACUUCAGAGAAAAGACUGAAGAGAAGUGCUCUAAAAGUGCAAAACUUCCCACCCUCUCAGGAACACUGAAAGCUGCAUUUGAUGAGAAAAGCCUGUUCCCCAAAGAAAUCCUGGAUCGUGAACAAAAGGCAAAGCAAUUGUAUCAGCAAACAUGUAGCAAGGGGAAGAUAAAAAGAGAAACAAGAAUCAAGAAAAAUUGA